GGCUGACGCGUCGUCGAAGCUGUGCGCCUUAUAAGAUCGACACACACCUUCCACCUCACCCUCCCCUCCUGCCACCACCAUCGUUGCGUAUUUGAGUAUCCCGCCCCCCACUCUUCACAGUUCUCACUCACUUGCCACCACCAUGCCUGCCAAGAAGCGUUGUCAAUUCCAGUCUGAGACUCCUUGCAAUUCUGCAGCUCUUCGCAUAGUUGGCCAGUGCCCACAUUGCAGGGCAGAUUUUUGUGGCGCACAUCGCUUACCUGAACAUCAUAAUUGCAACAACCUAGAAGAUUGCCGACAGCAAGCUUUCGAGCGCAACAAAGCGAAGCUGGAGAGCGAACGCACUGUGGCUUCCAAGAUGGCUACUGCAUGAUGCCCCUCUACGUGCCGACAAUAUGUCGCUCCACAUUAACAUUUCUUUUUACUGGCCUCUGCAUUAUCAGCAUGUCCCACAUUCCGCUACUUUAUAAUACUUGGUCUUCUAUCUAUUGCGUCCCAUCUAUCCAUCCCUUCCCACACUGUGACACUUGUGAUACCUCGGUCACCUCUCCGCCAGCUAUAGGACGCUCGAUCUGUUGUGGGUUGUACUGUUUGUAACUUGC